AUGAAACCGUUGCUGAAGUCAUUCCUACAACAGAUUCAAGGCUUUAGGCUUAAUAAGGAGGAUAUGACACAAUUUGUUGGGGAGACGAAGAUCAAGAUAAGUGAUUUGCAUGAGUUGCCGAUUGAGCCGGAUGACUUGAAGGAGCAGACAAAUAUACGCACCAAAAUUGCUGUGUCGACAGCUGAUAGGAAUGAGAUGAUGGCGAAUGUUUUUGAAACUGGCGAAUCGAGGGGAACCUGA